AUGGAGACUCGUUCCUUUGCUCUGAACAAGCCAAGGGUGUCAUGGUCCUCGGACUUUUGGACGCCACACUCAUGGUCAAGCCAAUCUCACAACAAUACAACAUCUUCAGACAACAGUAUCUCACCAGAUUACCCUUCACUGCCUUCACUAUCUUCACCACCUUCACCAUACUUUGUGGCAUACCCUCAUCGGUACCGUUUCAUAUUGAACGAACCCCAUCGAUGUUGGCUGGAAAACCCAUUUUUGGUUCUUAUGAUCCCAGUUGCGCCCCACAAUCGAGAGGCCCGUGAUGCAAUCCGCAACACGUGGGGCAAAGAAACAGCCGUGCUGGGCCGAGUGGUCAGCCACUACUUCCUCCUGGGACUGUCCAAAGAGGAAGAUGGCACUGAAACCCUCAAGGAGCAAGUGUUACAGGAAAGCCGGACACACCACGACAUUCUCCAGAGUGACUUCUUGGACAGCUACAACAACCUCACCAUUAAAACUAUGCUCAUGUUUGAAUGGCUCAGCUCCCAUUGCCCCAACACCGCCUACGCCAUGAAGGUCGACUCGGACAUGUUCCUCAAUGUCCACAACCUCGUCAACAUGCUUUUGAAAGCCCCCCAACAUCUCUACAUGACAGGAUUGGUGGUGAGGGGUGCUGCUGUUCUUAGAGACCAUACUUCAAAGUGGUUUCUCCCGGUUUCUGCCUUCCCUGAGCGCAUCUACCCACCGUAUGCCCUGGGACUGGGCUAUGUGUUCUCAAUGGAUUUACCCAAGAAGAUACUGGAGGCGUCUGCACAUGUUAAAGCUGUUUAUAUUGAAGACGUGUACGUGGGGCUGUGUAUGAGGCAUUUGGGAAUCGCACUGACAGAUCCUCCUCGUGGUGCUUUGUUUAGGGCAUCAAUACCUCACUGGACGAACAGUUGUUACUGGACCUCUGUUAUUACAACAAUACUCCAGAACUCUAGGCAGCUUUCAGAUGUUUGGAGAGUGUAUCAGUCUAUGAACACUUCUGUCUGUGCCCAGUGA